AUGAUGAGACUACGUGAACGAAAUGAAGAUUUAUCAGCAAAGUGGUCAGAGAAUGACGACUCUUCUAGCGACGAUUCUUUUGACGAUGAAGAGUUUGUUCCAGAUGGAGGAAAUGAUGAUGAUGAUGAUGAUGAUGUCCCUAACGACCUUGUCAUUGACCAGGAAGACGAAGAAGCUCAUGCUGGAGGCAAUAAUAAGGCUAUUAUAAUCGAAGAUAAUGGCUCUGAUGACGAUGUCAGUAGUAAAAAGAAGAACAAGAAGAAACCUGUCAAAUCAAAGACAUCAAAUAUAGCUACUUCCAGAGACGAAAGCAAGGAACUCGAUGAACUGGAAUCAGAAACAGGAUCAGCCAAAAACAAAAAGGACGACAAUAUAAUACGUAAAGCCCAUCCUGCCUAUAUAGCUCUAUUGGCCAAAGUAAAGGACGCUCUUGACACCAUGACAGUACCCCUUACCGACGACCUCAUAGAUUCUCUACGAACCAACCCUUCUGGAGCUCCAUAUAGUCGGAAAGGACCUCGAGUUGAUCAUCGUGUCUCCAAAUGGAAUCGACGAUCGCGAUCAAAGUCACGUUCGCGAUCGGUCGACCCUGAUGAGAAAAUAGAUGACGGUGCUGAUGAUGCAGAUUGGGGUAUAGAUUCCAGGCGUCCUGCUCAACGAAGUGCUGCUACUCCUUCGGAUGAUGGUAGCCAUCGUGGCACUCCUACUGCCAGUAGUAAUAAGAGUGGCAAUAAACGUAAACGAGCUGCUGAUGAUGGCCAAGGAGAUGCAGAUGGUGAUGAUGAAAAGAGCGAUGAUGAAGGAGAUGUACCAGCUUCACAGAAUCCUCCUGACUCUGAUGUUGAAAUGACUCCUGCUGUCGCCAAGAACGACAAUGACAUACAAGUAUCUGAAACACCAAAACGCCGUGGUCGACCACCAAAGCAUAAGGCAGGAGCUAAGGAAUCAUCUGCCAAACCUGCAUCACCUCUAUCCAAGGCCCCAUCACCUACAAAGCCAACAUCACCUGUAAAGCCAUCAUCUCUAUCUACAUCAACAACACCAGUACUACCCGAUAAAUCAAAUACGAGUAAAGAUCCCACUACUUCUGAUGACGAUGAUGACGGCGGAGACGAAGAAGGAAGUCGCAGUCGCUUCUCCUUCUUCUUCGCUCGAGCUCCUACACAAACAUCAACACCAGCAGUAUCUCAACCGCCGACACCAGUAGCUGACGAAGAAGAGGAAGUGCCACGCGGCUCGCGCGGUAGAGCCUCUCGUAAAGCUAGUUUGACCGCCGCUUCCAAAACAUCCAAAACAACUGCUCGUGGUCGUCGUAAAACUCGCCAAGAUGACGAUGAUGAAGCCGAAGCUGCAGAAGCUGAGAUUGCGAAAGCUGUCGAAUCCGAAAAGGAUGAAGUUGCUUCUGAUAAGGAUGAAGGUGAAGCCGACAAAUCAUAUAAAAGGAAGGCUCCUGCUUCUAAGAAGAAGGGUGCUGCAGCUGCCAAGAAGAACACACCUAGAGGAAAGUCCAAGGACGCUGCUGCUGGAAAUGACAAUGACGAAUCUAUGCCGCCGCCACCUAAAAAGAAGAGUAAAAAGGACAAUGGUGACGCUAAACAUGUGGCUUCGCCCAACAAAAGUAAAGCUAGCGGUGGUAAAUCUGGCAAGCAGCCCGUAGUCGAAGUACUGAUGGAAUUCGAAGAAUCUGAUAGUCCUGCUCCUGCCUCUUCUUCCAAAGAAAAAGGGAAAGAGAGAGCAGAGACUCCUCCUAUCAAGAAAUCCAAACCAGCUGGAGAUGUUGAGAAGGUUAUGGUUGUCAGACAAGUACUUGUUGAAGGUGGUGAUAUGCGAUAUCGAUGUGUGCUUCCAUGCUGUGAUAAAGACUUUCUCAAUGUCGGUGGUCUCAAAUAUCAUCUUCUCCACCACACACACGAAAUCCUCGAAUUCUUGGCAUGGGCCUAUCCACCAGGUGAAAAUGCACCUAUCGGUUCUGGUGAAACCGUAUACAAAUAUAAAAGAAACGACGUAGCCUAUACAUUCCUUAUGGAAGAACGUAUCAGUCCGGAAAUACUUGAAAUGUAUCGAGAUCUACCUGUCGAUCAUUUUCCUAUAACUUUGGAGGGCUAUCAUAUCUUCUUUCCUGGUCUUACCAACCCUUCGCAUCAUGAUAUUAUGAUUGGAUGGGAUAAGACACGGAAGGCUGCUCAUGAUAAGAGGAUGAGUAAGCUUGGAACUAGGAAGUUUGGAGCCAAUGAUGGUGACGAAGAAGAAGAAAUCAAACCUCGAAAGGCUUCGGUAAAGAAACCCAGAGUAUUAACACUUGGAAGUAGCUCUGAUGUUCCAGAUACUGCAGCUCGCAUGUUUGGCCAAGACUUUUCGAAAAGGUCUAUGGAGCCAAAGCCUCACUCUGGACAGACUGAACCUUUAUUGGUUACUGAUUGGACGAAUCGAUUGGUUUAUGAAGAGCUUCGACCAAGGGUCAAUCAUUAUGUGAAGUUGACUGCUGAGGAAGCUGCAUUGUAUGUUCCUCCCGAUUCACAAGAAUAUAAUGUUGCUUGUGCAAGGAAUGGACUCUCUGGAGAACCCGAGUCUUUGGGAUUGUUUGAGACGCACUUCUUUGCACCUGGGUCACAAGACCCAAGGAAACAAGGAUUCUACGCAAUUAAUGUCGGAUGUGCUGUUUGGGGAAUGGGCUGGGCUCCUGAUCCACAAUACUUGGCAAUUGCUGGCUAUCGUGGAACCAUGAAUGCCCAUCACAUACUAGGUCGAAAACAAGAACCGCAAGUCCCCAACGACGUCAACAUGAAGGGUAUCAUACAAUUCUGGAGUCUGGGCAGCCGGGUCACAGAUUUCACACCAUCGACUGAAUUAUCACGAGAACCCAAGCUCGAAUUAUGCAUCGCACAUGACUUUGGAGAUGUGUUUGAUUUGGAGUGGUGUCCUUACGGUGGUUAUGAGAGUGAGGCAAUGUUUACUUCCAAGGCAAGUGGACAAAACUUACGACGUCUUGGACUCUUGGCAGUCAGUUUUGGUAAUGGAAGUACUCGAGUCUUGAGUAUUCCUGAACCACGAGCUUUACGACGAGCAUUGAAUGUUGAUGAGGAUGAUGAGAGUCCACUCUAUGUUCAUUGUAAUCACUUUGUCUUGGAAUUGACUCUACCAAACGCCAUGUUGUGGAAGUUGAGCUGGGGUGGGCAUUCACGACUUGCUAGUGGUACUACUCAUGGCGCCAUUUUGAUUUGGAGUAUGGAUGAAGCUGUUGAUCAAUACAAGAAGGUGUUGGAUGGUCAGAUUGAGAAUGUUGAAAUCGAGCCACUCAGCUAUGCCUUCUGUCACGAUGGAUGUGUCACAGCUCUAUCAUUCCGUGAUGAACUAUCCCGUAUCUAUGAUUCUGAAUGGCGAAGUCGCGGAACCUUCGAUGGAAGCAUCCCAAAACCAACUCAAAUCAUAUCUGCUGGUACUGAUGGACGAGUACUCUUCCAUGAUACUCGGAUGAUGUCUCUUCAUGUGCAAAUUGCUCGUUUUCGAACAUUCUUGUCAUCAUGCGUAUUCACAAGCCACCACAAUAUGGUCUUGUUUGCAGACAAUGAACAUGUCGUUCGACAGACAUAUAUGGGCCUUGAAGAUCCCAAGACUGCUAAAUCCAAGGAGGAAGAUGAAGCGGUUAUAAAUAAGAAUUUAUCUGCUUGGCUUAUGCCGUCCAAAGGAUUUGUCUGGAAUUUGAACUGCUCAAAGUACCUUCCAUUCGUCGCAGCAGCUUCGUCCGAUGGUACACUACGUAUUGGAAAUUUCAAUCGAAGUGCCUUGUUACGCUCAACGAAACCGGUCGUAAAUCUAAUGUACCGUCUUGAAUGGAAUGAAGAACAGCAAUUGUUUGUGUUUGUUGAAGGACAUGAGGAAACCUCACAGGUCAAGGGUAAACCUGACCAUGUCAUCAAGAGCGUUUUUCCCCAGCAUGUGACUAUACAAAAGGCUGCAUGGUCUGCAAACAGAGUCUCUGCUUCAUGGCUAGCUUCUGGUGGUCGAUCAGGACUUGUGCGUCUUGAAUCAACUUUUGACAUUCGUGCUGUCAAAAAGUAG